AUGUAUGUAAUAGACACGGAAGAAUUAACGCAUUUAGUCGAAUCAGCCGUCAAUUCAAUAGAUGUUGAUUUUGUUUCAUUGUGUUUCGAAGCUUUCCGGGAAGAAAAUGAUAUUUUGUUUCCAAUAUGUCCGCCGGUGUAUUCGGAACCCAUUGGAAAUGCUAAAAGUGCGAAAACGGGUAAACUUAAAAUUUCAAGGAUUAAUAAAUGUUCUGGAAGUUGUUAUGGAGGUGAAGAAAUUUGGUUGCUCGUUGAAAAAAUAAACAAGAAGGGACUUGUUGUUAGAUUUUGGGAAGAAUGUAACAAUGGUAAAAUAAUAUGGGAAUCAUCACUGGAAGGAGACGAUUUGAUUUUACAUCAUCAAUACGCCAUAAUAUUCAAAACUCCAGUUUACAAAGAUGUCAACAUAUCGUCAGAAGUUGAAGUUUACAUGAGAUUGGAAAGAACGACGCAACCUAAUCAACCUUGCGAUUAUAGCGAACCCAUAACAUUUGUUUACGAACCUGCAAAAAUGAAAUUGAGCAAAGACGAUAAUCUAUGUAGGAAAGAAUCCAUAUUGACUCCGCUUAAAUCCGCUCACGUAAAAAGACCUCGUACGGAUUCGUCAUCGUUGAAUAAUAAUUAUCAGGGAAAAUGUAAAAUGGACGAUAUAGAAUUUGAAAAUAUGAAUUUCGAAGAAGAAGAAGGAGGAGGAGAAGGGGAGGAGGAGGAGGAUGGAACGGAAAGUUACAUAGAACAAAUUUUAUUCAAUGAAAAAGAUUUAAACGAAUUUGAUCAAGCGUGGGCAAAAUUUAACGUCGAGGAAUUCCUGCAGUUCAUAUCGUCCGACGAUGUCGACAUGCCAUUUCAAAGAGAUGGAAUAUCCGCCGGAAAUCCAAGACACCGUCAAAAUCUUUUAUAUAAACUUUAUUUACUUUACACGAAAUUGGACGAAAGCGACGUGAAGAAAUUAACGGAAGACGUGAGCAAUUUUAGACUGUCGAAAAAAGAAACGAUGGCGGCAACAAUGGCGGCGACGACGACGACGACGACCGAACAAGUCAAAGAUGCUGCAUCGACAUUGUUAAGUUUAAGAUCCAGAGCUUUGGCAAAUAAAUAUUCUUCUCCUUCCGUCGUCGGAAAAAUCUGCGAAAAAAACAAUUCGCAAGAUGGCGACGACGACGGCGACGACGACCAUGACGUUGUAAACAUUCCAGAAGGUAACGGAAACGACUUAAAUUCAAAAUCGUCAGCUGCCACGAUGAGGAAUUCAGGUACGAAAUUGAGAACUUCGAAAAGAAAAGAUGGAAAUUUAAAAUUUUCCGAUAACGGAAACGAUAAAAAAUCAACGAGGGAUUGUAAGAAUAAAAACAUGGAUGACAAAAAUGAGGAAAUGAUUGUAAAUUUAAUUGACGCCAAAGAAAAUGGCGGACAUUUCACCGAAUCCUUCCGAGUUUAUAUUAGAUCACAUAAAGGUGAGGGAAUCGAUUCACAAUUUUUGCCUUAUUUUAAAUUUUCUCGUUGA